AUUAUUUUCUUUUGUAUUGUAUAGUUGUCUGUGGCAGCCGUCAUCUUUGGUGAUUUUAGUCGGCGAAGCUGUGGCGGCGUAUUUUUAAAUAUGAGUUCAAGUAAUUACCAGAAGAGGAAGAAACCUUAUUACAACUACCGGACAAAUAAGAAGCAAAAGGAAUUUGUUUUGAAAGCUGGGCUGAAAGGGUUUUUGUGUACAUGCAACGCACGCGAGGGGGACUGUAUCCGGGAAGCCUACAACAUUUUGAACGAAUAUUCUGAGAAACUAAACGCUGAAAAUCCUCAAGAAAAUCAGGUGACGGAGGAUGCGAUGGAGGAGCGGGAAACAGGGGACGACGAGGGAGAGGACAUCGACGAAGCCUUGGAGAAGGAGCUGAGCUCCCUCAAGGACGAGGCGAACAAGAAGCCGGGGCAGCGGAAAUUCCAAGUCGUCGAGUCCGGGGCCAAGAACUGCUUGUUCAUCCAAACGACGAUUCCUGAUCCAGUCAAGCUGGCGCUCAGCAUUGUGGAAGACUUGAAUGACACCAAGGCGCAGAAGUGUCGCUUCUUACAGCGGCUCUUGCCGAUUGAAGCAACUUGCAAGGCUACGAUGGAGGACGUACGGGCAGCACUGGAGCCUUUGUUGGAUAAAUAUUUUGCAAAGGAAAGCAAGACAUUUGCUGUUAUGUUCACGCGACGGAACAGCUCGGCGCUGGACCGGGAGGAGGUGAUCAAGCAGCUGGCGGAGAUGGUGACGCUGAGGAGCCCGGGCAGCCGCGCCGACCUGAAGUCCCCGCAGCUGUCCGUGAUGGUGGAGGUGAUGAGGGGCACGUGCUGCCUGGCGGUGCUGCCCGACUACUUCCGGCUCAGGAAGUACAACCUGCUGGAGCUGGCCGCCCCCGAGAAGCGCGAGGGAGACCGCGGCGCGGAUCCCGGCUCGGGCUCCGAGGAGGGGGCCGGCGAUGCCAGGGAGACAGUUCGCGAGACCGGCGACGCCAAGGAGACCGUUGGCGAGACCGGCGACGCCAGGGAGACCGUUCAGGAGACCAGCACGCCGGCUGAGGAGGGCACAGGAGAAUAACUCCUUUUAACCAUUCCAAGUUCAAAUGUUCAAACAACCACCGUUACUUUUAUCAUGGAGACAUUUCAGUUUGGUCAUCCGAAGCGAGGGUUUCACCUAACGGACCGUCAGAUUGGAAGUUUAUUUUAUUUUGUACGUGAAUUGUGAAUCCGAUUUUUUCUUUUUUUUUUGUAUGUAUUAUGACGUGGAUGAUAAUAAAAAAAUUGGUUUUUGUCAAAAAAGAAUAA